CCCCGCCCGAAGCGGAUAGCACCGCGGCGCCCGAUCCUCCGAUGCCGAAUGCCAACCGAAACAGAAACCCCAAUCAGUUUCGCAAUCCUCAGCACAGCCAGCAAACGGAAGCGAUUCCAACCCGAUCCCGACUGCGGAGGCCGGAAAUCCCCCGAAAUCCAAGCCCCCUCCUUUCGUCAGGCGGCCAGCGGCCAUGGAGGGGGAGUGCCCCGCCGCUCCGACGCGCCGCUGGGCGGAGAACGUGAUCGUGCUGUCCUCGGGGAGGCCGCCGCGGUCGGAGGAGGCGGCGGUGGUGGCGGGGCAGGGGCAGCACCAGCGCACGGAUGCGCCGCCGGAGAAGCUCUACUACAAGACCAGGCUCUGCGACAAGUACGAGGCCACCGGCCGCUGCGUGUACGAGGACGGUUGCACCUUCGCGCACGGCCGCGCCGAGCUGCGCCCGCCGGUCCCUCCCCACGCCCACGCCGUUUGGCGCAGGCCGCCCGACCAGGAGCACGGCGGCAGGAUCGUCUACGGCGGCGGCAAGGCGUGCCACAACUUCAGGGACAGGGGCCAUUUCGGGGACAAGCUCGCCUCCCCCCACGCCGCCGCGCCGGCACCACCUGGUCACCCGAUUCGCAUCACCGGGGACCAGAAGCUGCUGGCGGACGAGCGGAGGAGCGCCACGCCGCCCGCGAUGCCACCCGCAGCGCGGCGCUACGCUGCUCUGGGCCCCGCCAGGGCGUUUCCGCCGGUGCCUGCCCCGGCCACGCGUGAUCGUCUUCGCCAGAUGCCCGAGGAGGACGGUGGCAAAAAGCCCAACAGGCUGAUGCUCAUGAGCCUCCGGAAGACCAGCGGCAUCUACGGCGACUGGCCGGAGCAGUGCUGAAACCGAUUGAUCAGCCUGAGCCGUCACCAUGGUCGCAUACCCCAUAUAUAAUUGGCAGUGCUGAUACAAAGUACUCCAAUUGUUGAAAGGGGGAUUCAUUUUUCUCUGAAGGUGAACAACUUUAUCAUGGUGGUAUUUACCUGUACUGUAUAAUUCCAAUUGUUGUGAUUAAUCGGAGUCAUGUUGUCAAUCAUCUAAAGGCCCAAGCAGUCACCCGAGGCAUGAUACCAUAAUUUGCUAACGAGGUUCAUCAAUUUGGCUACAUUCCAUUGUGUGACUAUGGACGCUCAAUGGCUCAAUGGUACCGCUAAAAUACCACACCUUGGACACCUGACACAUGCUGGCAUGUGCCUGUGCUAUCAUGUUGCAUAGGUUACAUUGUGUGAGCACUACAUCAUACCCUGCCUACACAUCAUACGAUACACAAUAUUCGACACAACUCCAACAAAUUUCGCUUGUGAAUAUUCUCCAUCGCCUUGGAUUCACCAUGUGUGGAACAUCCAUGUACAUUGUGUUAGGGUUGAAUCCGGCAGAUCUCUGGUAGGGGCUCCUGAGCUAGUGAUUUUUUUUAAAAACAUCACCAACUUUAUUAAUUAGAAUCCCCGCAAAAAACUUUAUUAAUUAGAAAUAAUUGUUACAUCGUCUAUAAGAGAAGUUACAAUAUUUUCCAUGGGCUCUGGAUCCAAUCCCUACUCAUGGAGCAUUUUGCUAGUCUAGCUAGCUCA